AUCACCUGGUGUCGUAACAUUCCCUGGCCGCUGACGCGCACUCACACAUUAGGAAGUGGAGGCGUUGAGUCUCGACGACUUCGGCCUGAAAGGAGGGAGAAAAAAAAAAGAAACCGACAGGAAAAUGUUGCGCACGAAGGUUUCAGCUCUGGACAAGAAGCGAUGACAUGUGCGCCGAUUCCCCCUCCGCACCAGGACCAGUUGUACACGUUGUGGGACAGCAGCAUGUCCUCCUCCGCGAUCAGAGUGUGUCUGCGGGUCCUGUGUCUUUCUGGCAUCGUCUCCACCGUGUCCGGGGUCCAGAAGCUGACCAUCACCCCCGACCGAGGCACCACCUUCGUCAUCAGCAACGCUCAGGUCAAAGGUUGCAAAGUGUGCACGGGGGCCGGGCGCUCUCGGCGAUGCGUCGCGUCUCUGCUGCUCAAAGACAACACUCCCGUCGCCGUGGAGUUUGAAUGCUCCAGACCUCAAGAUGUGUUCAGGGUUGAGAUUAACCGCAGUAUAGAGUGCACCACAAAGUCGUGCAGUGGGCACAUCAUCCAGGCCGACUCCGGCUCACUCCCUUUGCUGGAUUUCGACCGCAAGUUCACCUGGAACCUGAGAGGCGCAGCGCAAAAAGCCUUCAAAAUAGACUUCGGCGGGACGGGUCUGAGGCAGAUACAUCCAUCUGAGAGAUGUCCGGACAGACACAGCUACACCCUCCAGGCCUUCCAGGAUACAGGGAAUGUGUCCGUGGGGAAAUACUGCCGAGCGGGCGCUAUCAGCAGCGCUCAGAUACUGAAACUGGGCAGCUUCUCUCUGGAGGUCCCGGCAGGGCAGAAGCUGCAAAAUGGCCAGUUUGAUGUGUCUGUCGGCGAGGAAAUCAAGUCCCUCGCCAAGAUCGCGCUGACAUUACCGAAAGGGGCCUCGUCCUCGGCGCUGCUCUCGCCAAACUACCCGGACAGCUUUCCCGACAACAAGGUGAUGGAGUGGUACUUCCAGGUCCCGGCGAAACACAAAACGGCCGUUCAGUUGCUUAACCUCACACAGCCGAGUUGUCUGAAGAAGGAGACGGCGGUGGAGUACCACAGCAAAGGGAGGGGAGCGCUGGUGCAGAGACUGACCGACCCCCAGCUGCAGCAGACCUGGGGCGACUUCUCCAUGACGCUGAGGAACUGCGAGAUGGACAGAAGGCGAGCGGGUUCUCCUGGACUCCGCCUUGGCGUCCAGGUGUCUACUUCAAGUGCAAGCUCACCAGUGUUGUGCAAAGUGGACCUGAGCAAAGCGGGGGGCCUCUCUCUUCACGUCGAGAAGGUGGGGCCGGCCUCUAACUGCGAGAUGAAAAUAAACUCCGUGACGAAGGAGAACAUCACGGUCACGUCGCACAGUGAGCUGUCUUUCCAGGACUGUCCGCCUGAAGACGUACAGGUCACCGCCAUGAGAGUCAUAGAGUGUAGUCGAUUCACAGACUGCCCGAAGGCUCCGGUCCAUCUCUCGUUGCCCAUGCUGCCGAGCUGCCUCCCCGCCCCUCUGAGCAGAGUGACCUGGAUUCUCCGUCCUCCUCUGCACGGCACCGUGGAGCUGACCUCCCCCGCCGGGCCCCUCAAACAGUCCCUGCCCGGACAGCCGUGCAACGACAGCCUUGUUAUCAAAGUGGCCGAAGACGACGGCACCGCCAUCGGACACUUCUGCCCUCAGGGGGCCAUACAGAGGGUCCAAAUCCACACCAACAUGUCGGUCACUGCGUCCAGCGUGGGGCGCAGUGCGCUGAAGACAUGUUACAAGCACGUGCUGGACGUCUGUUUUAAAGAGGAGAUAUCAGAAAGAUACAUAUUCACUGUAUUGCCUAAGAAAGACACCCCGGUCCUUUUGGCCACUCCUGGUUGGCCGGCGGGAAUGAAGUCUUACUCCACCGUCUCCUGGAUCGUGUCCGUCCCCCCGAAGAUGGAGGCGCACCUGAUGUUCGCCAACCUCAGCCGGCCCAAGUGCAGCAACCGCCACACCAACAUCAGGGUGCAGAGAGUCGGCAGCCGGGAGGAGGACUACAGUCGCAGGGAGGACGAGGAGGCCGAGCCGGAGAUCGUUGUCUCCGAGAGGUUCUACCUCAACAUGUCCAACUGUAUGCCCGAGAGAGGACACUUCAGCGUCAUCACCAAGAUCACCCUGCGGGAGAGCAAGAAUCUUCUGCUGACCAUCAUUCUGAGUGUUGUGGCUGCUCUGUUGGUCAUUUUUGUCUUCGUGCUGGUAAUGGUCUUUGUGGUGAUUAAGAAGAAGAAGAAGGAGCUGGAUCACCAGGUGUCCAUCUACAAUCCGAACAGCACCAGUUUCCUGCCGGGACCCAACGGGUUCCCGAAAACGCGAGAAGACAACGAGUCCCACGUGUACGCCUCCAUCGAGGACACCCUGGUCUACACACACCUUCUGAGGAAGGGGAUGGAUAUCGGCGUCUACGGCGAGUCUGACACGUUCCGGCCGUACGAAGGACACGCGGACUCGCAGAGGCCGCUCGUCUCCAGAGACUCUGGCGCCGAGGACACAGAGGUCGGGGUUUACCGGCCGUUCCUGCCCGCAGCCCAGCAGGCUCCCCCGCUCCCCAGCAGGCCCCGGAGCCAGCCCAUGGUGGACAAUGAGAUUUACCAGAGCAAGGACCCGAGCGAGGGGGAGCGCUCGCCGGAUCUGGGGCCGAGGCUGGAGCCCGAGGGUGGAGACUGAGGAGAAGAUUGGAUUCAGCUUUUUUCUUCAAUGUACAACUUGGAACAUUUGUGAUAUUCAUUCCCUGGCAUCUGUGUGAUUACCUGCUCUUCGGCCUUGACAGAAGCCUAAUUUCUUCUUCUACUUCUUCUGCUUCUCUUGAGCAUCUUGAAGUUUUGCACCGAAGCCAGGCACAAAGAAAUAACCCUGUUCAAACCUGCAUGCGGCUGUUACCUUGUUUUAUUUCAAUGAAGACACUUUUAAAGCCGUAUCAAUCAGCCCCUUUAUACCAAUUUAUAAUAAUAAUAAAGGACAGUUGUGCUUUCAGGAUAUUUUAUGAAUGUUGUUUUGUACGUAUUGAUGUUUGUACAGGGGCGCGCCCGAUUGCUGUUUACAUGCAGAGUUUUUGGUAAUUUUUUUUACGCUCAAACCACUGAAUAGAGAGGACUCCUCCACUGCUGCUGCAAUAAAUUGCACUUUAUAGCAUCAUCGGAGGCUGAUGGCCUGAUGAUGGCCUGUGUUGCAGGCGAUUGCACCAGCAGUGUAUGUGCACAGCGUCCUCUCUGUGUGUGUGUAUAUAUAUCUAUAUAUAUAGAUAUAGAUAUAUAUAUAUAUGUUUGUUUUUAUCACUGCUUUUACACCUUUUCUAGUUUUCAUUUCAUAAAUGUGCCUUGCAGAGUUGGCUAAUACACUUAAGAGAUUUUAGAAUAGCUUCAGACAGGAAUAAGUUGGGGGUUUUUUGCAUUUGGACCCAUCUCAAGGAAAUUCUAAAGACUGAUCUGUUGCUAACCGUGUGAGCCUUUCCCUUGUUCCUACAUAGACUUAUUUUUAUUUCUCUGUGUGCAUUACGAUGAUUGUGAAUCAGUUGAGAGCUCAUUUUAUUUUUGCUAUUUGUGUCAAUGACCACGGACGCCUUGUGCUGGACUGCAGUGACAUGGAAUAAAAAACCUUGUAAACACUUA